AUGGAUCAGAUGAAAGUUGACAUGAUAGCAAAAAAUAAAAUCAAACCCUCCUCACCAACUCCUUAUAACCUCAAAAACUUCAAACUCUCUCUUUUGGAUCAGAUACAACUUCCAAUCUACGGCCUUAUCAUCUUCUUCUACUCGGCCGAUGACACCGAAACCAACUGUAGUACUGAUCAUCUCAAAAGUUUGGACAAGUACAGUUACUACUCCAAACGCUUGAAGAACUCUCUCUCCCAAACCCUAACUUCUUUCUACCCCAUGGCCGGCCGUCUCAAUGACGAAGCUGUUUCCAUCGAUUGCAAUGAUGAAGGAGCUCUUUUCGUUGAAGCCAAGAUGGCUUGCAAUCUUUCUGAAGUUCUCACCCAACCAGACGCUGAGUUGCUUAACCAUUUCCUUCCAACCAACGAUCCGAAAACCCUUGAACUAGUACCAGGUUGCAUGGCUCUUAUCCAACUCACGAGCUUUCAAUGCGGAGGGAUUGCCAUUAGCGUCUGUCUUUCCCACAAGCUUACCGAUGUAUCCUCUCUGGUCAACAUCCUUCAUAGCUGGAGUUCCACAGCACGUGGCUUCUGCGAAGCAACGCUGCCGCCGUCGCCGGUGUUCGUAGGAGACUCUUUGCUGCAGCCUAGAGGACUACCAUCCUUCAUGUCACGACAAAAUUUCAUGCCACCUCCAGGAAAGUUGAAGACGAAGAGGUUCGUGUUCGAAGCCUCAAAGAUUGCUAAUCUCAAGGCGCAAGUUGGUCCAAUUGGGGAACUAUACCCAUCCCGUGUCGAAGUGGUUUCGGCUCUGAUCUUGAAAGUGGCCAUGGCUGCUUCCCAAUCGUUAUCAGGGUCGAGACCAUCGGUGCUGUUUCAGGCGGUGGAUCUAAGGAGGAGGAUGAAGCCACCUUUGCCUAAAAACACCAUUGGGAACCUUUUCUGGUUAGUUCCUGUGGUUAUAAAAGAAAGCACGAUGGAUUUGAGAACCAUGGUGUGUAAGAUGAAGGAAGCAGUCAACGAGUUUAGCAGGAUUGCAUCCAAGUUUAAAGGAGAAGAAGGUUUCUCUUUGAUCAGUGAGUUCUUCAAAAGGAGAGAAGCUUUUAAGGAAAUGGAACGUUAUAGCUGUACAAGUUGGUGCAAAUUUCCAUUAUAUGAGACUGAUUUCGGAUUUGGAAAGCCUGUUUGGGUAAGUAGCGCGAGUGUAGCGUUCAAGAACACAAUGGUUUUGGUGGAUACCAAACUAGGUGAUGGAAUUGAAGCGUGGGUUACAUUGGAGGAAAAAAAUAUGUUCAUUUUUGAACAAAAUUAUUAUUCCUCGAUUGAUUCCGCUUGA